GGCCAAACUCGCAAACGAAUUAAAUAAAAAUAAAUAAAAAAAGGGAACUCCAAUAGUUUAUUUUUUAUUUUUUAUUUUGUAUUAUUAUUAUUUGGGUUUUCCUUUCUUUUCCCUUCUCUGUUGGAGAUGAAUGGAGAAGGAAAAGAAAGCGAGGAGGUGAAAAUGGAGGAAGUGAACAGAGAGCGGUUGGUUUUCAUGUGGGGAUAUUUACCUGGAGCGCUACCGCAACGGACGCCGCUUUUAUCGCCUGUUUCUGUGCGGAUUCCGGCUUCUGUCGGUUGUUCUUGGACGGACGUAUGCGGUGGCGGUUGCGGAUUCGCCAUGGCCAUUUCUGAUUCAGGGAAGCUUAUCACAUGGGGUUCAACGGAUGAUUUAGGUCAAAGCUACGUUACAUCCGGGAAGCAUGGGGAAACGCCAGAGCCAUUUCCACUUCCAACUGAAGCUUCUGUAGUAAAAGCAGCAGCUGGUUGGGCUCAUUGUGUUGCAGUUACAGAAAAUGGAGAAGUUUAUACAUGGGGGUGGAAAGAGUGUAUUCCCUCAGGGAAGGUAUUUGGUGAUCCAUCCAUGGGAACAAGCUUAGAGAAGGAUGUAUUCGAAAGACAGAACUCAUUUUUGACAGAGCAAGUCUCUCAAAGCUCAAGAUCAAGUGGCGGAACAUUUUCUGCUGCUGAUAGUAAGGGUGGUGGAGAGGAAAGUACAAAAAGAAGAAGAAUAUCAUCAGCAAAACAGGCCACUGAUAGCUCAUCAUCUGGUGAUGAAACUCUCUCGGCAUUGCCAUGUCUAGUAACUUUGAAUCCGGGAGUGAGAAUUGUUUCUGUGGCUGCCGGUGGUCGCCAUACUCUAGCAUUGUCAGAUGUUGGACAGGUCUGGGGUUGGGGCUAUGGAGGUGAGGGACAGCUUGGCUUGGGUUCCAGGAUACGAAUGGUAUCCUCUCCCCAUCCUGUACCUUGCAUUGAGCCCUCAUCUUAUGGGAAAGAUAGAGCUGCUGCACUUUCUCGAGGAAGCAUGAGUUCAGAGGGGCAGAGUUUUAGAAUUCCUGGAAGUUAUGUGAAGGCAAUUGCCUGUGGAGGACGACACAGUGCAGUAAUCACAGAUGCUGGAGCACUUCUUACUUUUGGCUGGGGACUCUAUGGACAGUGUGGGCAAGGAAGUACAGAUGAUGAAUUAAGCCCAACUUGUGUAUCUUCCUUACUGGGCAUCAGGAUAGAGGCAGUUGCAGCAGGACUGUGGCACACAGUUUGCAUAUCAGCUGAUGGUGAUGUGUAUGCAUUUGGUGGGAAUCAGUUUGGGCAGUUGGGAACUGGUGGUGAUCAGGCUGAGACUCUUCCCCGGCUCUUGGAUGCUCCAAGUUUGGAAAAUACACAUGCAAAAGUUGUCUCAUGUGGAGCUCGUCACAGUGCUAUUAUCACAGAGGAUGGGAAAGUGUUCUGCUGGGGAUGGAACAAGUAUGGCCAGCUUGGCCUGGGUGAUGUGAUUGAUCGCAACAUUCCUUCUCAAGUUACGAUAGAUGGUUGUGGCCCUAAAAACAUCGCAUGUGGCUGGUGGCAUACCCUGCUUCUGGCUAACUCCCCCACUUGAGUAGCUAGACCUUUUGCGGGCCUUGGAACAGUUUUGUUAGUUUCCCCAGGAUUAUUUGCAUUUACUACCAGAAAAGUGCCAUUGUUUCAAAGACAAAUCCACGUUGAUGCAGUUGACUGACAAUUUGUCGGAUGGUGGCUCGAAACAAUAGUCGAUCCGCAUCGUGCAGAGAAGAAAUUAGAAUGAAGGAGACAAUGAACUGGUUUGUUUUCAAGGUGAAGUUUUACGGUUUGCUGGAAUCCUUGGUUACUGUGGUUACAAGGUUAGGUUGCCUUUUGACAAUAUGCAACUGAUUGUUGGUAGUUGGUUUGAUCAAUUAAUGAAUCACGCUGACCAUAUGAACUGGUUAGAGGAGUAAA